AUGGGCGCUCGAUUGCUGAAGAAGAGCGGUGAUAUUCAGAAGGCGUCCAAUAUCCUCAGCUAUUUCACGCUGACCUACGAAGGCUUUGUGAUUUGGCCGGACCCCAAGCACGCUGGGGACAUAGCGCUGAAGGCCGAUAUCAAGCUUGGCGGCUUCAAGAAGACACCAGCGAGGCACGCAGAGCAUGUGGCCAGCUACUUGGUUGGCGCAGAGUUCUACAGGCUGCUCACCAAGAGCAGCAAAUGUCUGACAGCAGUGGGAUUGGCACCUGGACGCGGUCAUGACGUGGCCGCAGCAGAAGUGCCACGAGAAGGACACCCGCGAGAUCGGGACAAGUUCCACGACAUCGAGCGCAAGAUGCUGAGCGACAAAGGCGGAGAUUGGAUUUGGAUGAUGCUAGACAGCGAGCCAGAGGUGAGUGCCAUGAAGCCGGGGAAGGCCCAGGGGCAGAACGAGGUUCUGAGCCACCCGCGCCGCCGCCACGUUCACCAAGAGCUUGAGGUAUGGGCUUGGGACUCGCAGGCGGUGCGCCUGUUCAGCCAAGUUUUGAACCAGAGGGCGUGGUCGGCCACAUGGCUGCUGUGCAUCCUGGUGCAUUACAUUUGCAUGGUUAUCCGGUGGUGCAGCUGCUGGAAGACCAACAACGUGAUUGUGCCUUUGCUUCAGCAUCACCCAGUGGAGCUGCCAUCCUCUGGCGCUAUGUCCAUCCAGCGUGGCGUGGCCAUGCCGCCGAUCGAGGUCAUGAGUGACAAGGACUUCUGGCCCCCGGCGCCGGGCCUCUCGCAGUUGUUGCUCGGUGCCUCCUGCGAGCGUGCGCCUUUGGCGCUUCCGUUCUUCUCAGUGCCGUCGCCAGCGACACGACCGCAAGCGGCUCAGCAGAGACAGCGCCCCCCACGGCUGGAGGAUUUCGACACCAUAGGUCUCAUCGGAUACGGCGAGUUCGGGAAGGUGUACCAGGUGAGGGACCGGGUAUCGCAGCAGACCUUUGCCGUGAAGCGCCUGUCCAAAGAGUUUUACGGCCGCAAGCAGAUGGCAGACAAGGCAAGAAGAGAGAUCAGCACCUUGAACUUAGCACAGGAGCAUCCCUUCAUCGUUCGCUUGAUCCACGCGCUGGAAAAUCCAAAUGAGUGGGCCAUGAUCAUGGAGUACUGCCCUGGCGGGGACUUGCAGCAAGUGCUGCUGACGGAGGGCUGUCCAGGCCUCCCGCUACAACGCAUCUUGAAGAUCUCAGCGGAGGUGACCCUGGCUUUGGAACAUCUCCAUUGCAGGGGCAUCGUGUUCCGUGAUCUCAAGUUGGAGAAUGUGGUUCUGGCCAAAGAUGGCUCCGCCAAGCUAACGGAUUUCGGCCUGGCAAAGCAGUACCGGGGCGGCCGGGAUGCCAUCGCCGAGGCUCAGUCCUAUGGCGGUGCCUACGCCAAUUUCACAAAGACCUUUUGCGGCUCCUACGGGUAUGCGGCGCCGGAGGUGAACCCCAGACGUCAGAUGCAUGGCUUUGCGGCGGACCUUUACGCCUUCGGGAUUCUGCUCGUCAUGAUGCUGACCGGCGGCGAGGUCUACCACGACUCUCGGGAGGCACCCUUCGAAAGGAGGCUUCCCCCCGAGUCGUUGACGGAUCUUCGCUUUAUGCUCGGGCGCCUGAGCUACGACUUCUAUUGGGCCUCUCACCAUCUUCUUCAGCCAGCCCGCACCGCGCACCGUGUUGAGCUUGACCUCCACGGGAGCGUGGUGAUCACUGCGCGAGGCCGGCGGCGAGGGGCACGGCCGAAGCGGCCUCCCAACUCCUUGGAGCGAGGUGACGAAGGCCCUCGACCGCGCUUCCCCGAGUCGGCCUUCAUGCCCUGUGAGGAAGAGCGCAGACGCUGGAACCUUGCCCUGGAGUUGGUGUGGACUUUGACCGAUGAGGCACCGGAGAGACGAGGGACUGUAGCAACCAUGAAAGGGCACGCCUUCUUCGAAGAGAUCGAAGACUGGCGGUUCGUCUAUCCGCAAAGCUGGCUGGCGCAGCAAGUCAAGGCAAACCUGAGUGCUGGCGGUGAAUUGCCACAGCGGCUAGCAAGAGAGCUGGAGAAGCUACCUCUGCAGGUCCUUGUAUCUCUCCUUGACAAUCAGGAUGAAGCGGCCCAGCUUCUGGAAGGCCUUGAGCAGGCAGAGCAUCUUGCUUCCAGUCCAGCUCCGUCGGGGUCUCCGGUCAUGCGAGCAGCGUCGGAUCCUUUGGCCUUCACGCCUCACGUUUCUUCGUCAGGAAGUGGUCAAAGAGCCAGCCCGAUUCCUGAGUUUCAACUUCAAGAGCUGAGCUCCGAAUGGCCAUGA